AUGGAAUCAGGAGACACCACAAUGGUAGAUGUCUCAACGACAUUUGUGUCAACCGCCAAACCAUCACAGAAUUCUGCCUCCAAAUCCUACGAAAUAUUUUCUUGCACCGUUAAGAAGCCAGCAUAUGCAUACGCUCACCUGCGCAUGCAGUCCGACGACCCUGGCAAGCAACCAAGCCUGGACGCCCUACAAGCCCGGUCGUACUGCGCAAUUGCCAUGCAGCAAUUCCUUGGGGCCACAGGUGCGGCCGUUACUAUCGAUGUGCUAAAGGUGGAUGAGGCCAAGGGCGAGUUUUGGGUCCGUUUGUCGGGUCCGGACUUGGGCCGUUUCUCGGCCGCCGUGACCUCGUGGCCCGGUGCCGUACAGUCCGGGGUCACCACUGGCAUGAGGAUUCUGGCUGCAGGAGACUGGUUAGGCAGUCUUCUUGGGAGGAGUGAGCAGCAGUCACUGUGGAUUUCGUAA